AAAAACGAUCUCGAGGACGAGGUACUAUUAGUUACAUCUAGUCGAAGACCCGACAGUUGGAUAGUACCAGGCGGCGGUGUGGAACCUGAGGAGGAACCAUCUGUCACGGCUCUUCGCGAGGUCCGGGAAGAGGCUGGCGUUCUAGGACAAUUAGGCCGUUGCCUUGGAACAUUUGAGAACACAGAACACAAACACAGAACGGAAGUGUGGGUUAUGCGAGUGACCGAGGAAUUGCCAGAGUGGGAGGACUCGCGUGCUAUCGGUCGGAAGAGAAAAUGGUUCACCAUACCGGAGGCCCUGCUGCAACUUGGCCAGCACAAGCCCGUCCAGCGCUCUUACUUGCACAGCCUCCACAAUACUAAUCCUCGACAUAAUCCCACCUCUCAGCUGUCCAACCAUUCGCACUCCACGAUGGCAUCUAUCGAGCUAAUGAAUAACUCUAGUAACAAUUCACGUUUAAGUGAACACAGCUAAUAUCGUCGUGAAUCAUCCAUUUCUAUCGAAAAUUCGAUCGCCAUGAAGUCUCGCUGUUACUCCUCCUUUCUCCCCUUAAGGGAAUUUCACGGUAACAAUUUACUCUCUGCUGUGUUUUAUACAUAUAAAUUUAUAUUACCUACGCUUAUCUU